AACUGGGAACAGUAUAAAUCGUCAAGCAUCCUGUCCUCCGUAUAUCUCGAUGUUCGUCUUCUUUCGAACAGAUCACCUCAAUCUGGAAUUACGAGCGGGCUGAAUGUCGGCUUCAAUCAAAAUCCCUUUUACAUCAUAGCGAUAACGAAGGAGUAGCCAGGCAUUGCAGAAUGGCGUUCUCUUCGCCUGUUGACCAGGAGGGUGGGCAGGGUUAUAAGGACUUGCGGAGAUUGAGCGAUGGUUGUGCUUCCGUAACCAAGGACUAUUGGAGGAAGCUCUCUUCUCAAGACAAUUUCAAAGAAUCUGUAUACGGCGGCAUACUUGCGUUUGUGCUGCUAUCCACGACACUUGUAUAUAUCAUCCAGAGACGAAGGCUUAGCAAGCACGCCACGCGCCCGUCUACACCUACCACACCAGGACUUGAAAAGGCAGCAUUGAAGAGAAGCAAUGCUCAAGCCCGCGAAUGGGGUAAAUGGAUUCCAUCGGACUUCCGCAUGCCAAAGCCGGAGCCAUAUCCGAACUGGUCGCUCGAGAACACAAAACCGCUCCCGUAUAGGCCGUUCCGAUAUGGCCCCAAAUACAAUGUGACCAUGGGGCUCCGAACAGUUAAGCACGUCGAUUGGAUUGAGCUUGAUAAUCAUUAUCCACGAUAUCAUGCGGACAAGGCACGUCGAAUCAAGGAACGCGGCGAUAAGUGCUGCAAGACAGCGCCUGAAGCGUAUCCUGCUGCGGUUGAACUUCUCGAGGACCUGGUUGACUACUUACCGGCACGGUAUCCGUCGCUGUACGAGCGGACAGAUGUCGGAAUUAAAAACCUCUGGUCUGGCGAGAGCUUCGACAUAGUUACACGGCCAUUAGCGGAGGACCCGAUGCGCACCUCGGCGCGGCUGGUGCAAGACGACCUGGCAAUUAUGAUCGAGAAGCCAGACGGCCAUUACUAUCUGCUAGCGGGCGCAAUAUUGCUAGCCGGAUUCUGGAGGCUGGAAGACAAGUUAGGGAUGGGCCUGCCGGAGAUCCAUACGUCCGGAGAUGUGCCGCAGUACAAGGAGAAGCUAGAAAAGGGUAUGCUGAACUUCUUCCGACGCCUACGACCGGAGGAGAUGGUGGCGCGGAAUAAUUAUUUCCUGCAGGUAGACGAUGAUCUAGCAUGGUCGUGGAGUAUCGGCUCAGAAGACUCGCCGGAGGUGAGCUGGAACACAGCAGAGAAGAACCGGGCAAUUGAGCAUCACUACUUCCGUUCCGAAAGGCAAACGCUCCGACGGCUUCCAAAAAGUGGUGGAGUGGUAUUCACGAUUCGCACAUACUUCCACCCCAUCACGGAGGUCGCUGAGGAGGAUUAUGUCCCGGGACGGCUGGCUAGCGCUAUUAGGAGCUGGGGAGACGAUGUGAGCCGAUAUAAGGGAAAGGAAAGAUACGGAGAAGUGCUACUCGAGUACUUGGAUAAGAAGCAUGAGGAGCAGGUAGAGAGGGGUUUGGACCUCAGCCGCGAAGAUGAGGUUCGGGCGUAUCCAUACUAAUUGUCAGUACUUUCCAAGACAGAAUUGGUGAAUCUCUGAGGUUGAGCUUGAGCUUGAAGGGUUUGGAAUUGUAAAGUGCUUUGUAGAUGGUUAAUAUGCUUAGAAGCAUAGCCUUCAAAGGUUUAUGGCAUUACGGAUCCGUACUAGGUUUAAAGUGAAAUGUACCUAAGGUAACAACAUUAUCGGAAUAACGCGACUCCCUGCGCCGUCGUUACGCAACGCAACCUGCAGCUGCAAGCCCGUUGUCCUUUGCGCAGGCGCAUGUGGCUUUUUAGUGUAA